AUGGCCAAGAACAAGAAUGCAAACUAUAAAGGGCCUUAUGGAUACCAAAAACUGAAAGAACGGGAACCCCGGGCUUCCAUCCGAUUUAAGUGCGCCCUCACAAACACCAUUUUAGACGUCCUGCGACAGCGCCCAGGAUGGGUGGAAGUGAAAGAUGAUGGCGAGUGGGAUUUUUACUGGUGUGACGUCCGCUGGCUUCAGGAGAACUUCGACCACACCUACAUGGACGAGCAUGUCCGCAUCAGCCACUUCCGCAACCAUUAUGAGCUGACUCGGAAAAACUACACCGUGAAAAACCUGAAGCGCCUCCGGAAGCAGCUGGAGAGGGACUCCGGGAAGCUGGAGGCCAUGAAGUGCGACUUCUUCCCCAAGACCUUCGAGAUGCCCUCCGAGUACCACCUGUUCGUGGAGGAGUUUCGCAAGAAUCCUGGCAUCACCUGGAUCAUGAAGCCGGUUGCCCGGUCUCAAGGGAGAGGCAUUUUUCUCUUCCGGAAACUCAAGGAUGUGAUUGAUUGGAGGAAGGAUGGCGUGCGCCUUGACGAUCAGAGAGAUGAAAUCCCGGUGGAGAAUUACGUUGCCCAGCGUUAUAUCGAGAACCCGUACUUAAUAGGUGGUCGGAAAUUCGACUUACGGGUGUAUGUUUUAGUAACGUCGUACCUCCCACUCAAGGCCUGGCUGUACCGAGACGGCUUUGCUCGCUUCUCGAACACACGCUUCACCCUGAACACCCUCGACGAUCACUAUAUUCACCUGACCAACGUAGCUGUUCAGAAGACGGCCCCUGACUACGAUCCGGAGAAAGGCUGCAAGUGGAUGAUCCAGCAGUUCCGCCUUUUCCUGACGGCCAAGCACGGGGCUGAAGCGGUGGAGAUGCUCUUUUCCGAGGUGGACAACGUUUUCAUCAAGAGCCUGCAGAGCGUCCAGAAAGUGAUCAUCAGCGACAAGCAUUGCUUUGAGCUCUAUGGUUACGAUAUCCUGAUCGACCAGAACCUCAAGCCGUGGCUGCUCGAGGUCAAUGCCUCUCCUUCUCUCACUGCCAGCAGCCAGGAAGACCAUGACUUCAAGACACGCCUCUUGGAAGACACGCUGAACAUCGUGGACAUGGAAGGCCGUUUGACGGGGAAGGAGAAGCGCGUGGGGGGCUUUGAUCUUAUAUGGAACGAUGGCCCCGUCAGCAGAGAAGAUGGAAAUCUGGAUACGCCAAUGAACGGUUUUGUGGCAAACACACACCUAGGUUACAACAAUGACAGAAAGAAACAGCUGAAGCAGCUUUUCAAGUCGUUUCAGGCCCAGCAAAAAGUUUAA